AUGUACAACGGAGAGUCCCUCGAGAGCCAAACCUUGGAUAGAUCGAGCUCAAUAUCUAUGGCUAUGAAAAAGCAAUAUUCACGUGCGGAGCUCACUGAGAUCGCCCGCCUCGAUCCAAAGAGAGCAAAGAAAAUUAUGACAAAUAGGCAAUCAGCUAUGAGGUGCAAGCAGAGGAAGGAACUGUACCUAUCAGAGCUGGAAGAGAGAGCUGAGGUUUUGAAGAUGGAAACUAGUAGGCUAUCUUCUAGGCUAGCUAUUUCAAGAGUAGAUGAUGAGUUAGUUUUGGAUUCGAGUGUAGCUGGUGGACAUAGUUUGCAUUUGGUUAUGGCCAUUGGUUUACCUCAGGUGGAGGUGUUUGGAUUGUUUCACUUUGGGGCCAUUAGGAGAGCUAUUAGUUGCAGAUUUGGUGAUGAUGUUGGAGAAGUGUUGCGAACUCUUCUAUUGGAUUGA